AUGGCUUGGAAAGCUGGCGCAGGUAAACUUGAAUUUGACCCAGAGAUCGAGAAAACCGCUCGUAGACUCCGAAAAGAAACCAAGCAACACAAGGAAGAGGCUUCUACUUCUUCCUUACCAGCAACAGAUUUUGAGCUAGACGUGACCACGUCUAACAACUCUAAAGACGAAGUCAUGGCCCACAAUCCCGAACGAACGAUCAAAGAGAUGACUUCGCUCGACUUAAAUCAACAACCACUCUGCAUUGAAUAUCCUAAUUUAAAUGUUGAUUUUGAACUUAAAUCCAGUCUCAUCCACUUACUUCCCAUUUUUCGUGGCCUUGCAGGUGAAGAUCCACACAAACAUCUCAAGGAAUUUCAUGUGGUGUGUUCCAGCAUGAGACCUCAAGGAGCCACUGAAGAACAAGUCAAGUUAAGGGCUUUUCCAUUCACAUUGGGCGACAAAGCAAAAGAUUGGUUCUACUCCUUACCUUCAGGAUCUAUUAUUAGUUGGAACGAGCUCAAGAAACAAUUUCUUGAGAACUACUUCCCCGCUUCAAAGACUACAAACAUCCGAAAGGAAAUAAGUGGAAUACGCCAAUUCUCUAGUCAAAGUUUCUAUGAGUAUUGGGGGAGAUUCAAGCAAUUGGUGGAGAGUUGCCCUCAUCACCAAAUUCCCGACCAUCUUCUAAUUCAAUAUUUUUAUGAAGGGUUGUUUGAGGCAAACAGAAGCUUGGUGGAUGCAGCUAGUGGAGGUGCUUUGUAUGACAAAACUCCUACCGAAGCACGCAAGCUAAUCACAACCAUGGCGGCUAAUAAUCAACAAUUCGGUAGUAGAAACGACAAUCCCCCACGAAGGAUAAACGAGGUAAGUACUUUUAUUGAUGAACGUUUAGAUAAACUUACUUCUCUUAUUGAAAAGUUUAUAGGGGGAGGCAUUCAACAAGUCAAGACUUGUGGGAUAUGUACAUCUUUGGGUCAUUGCAUCGACGCUUGUCCUACACUUCAAGAAGAAUCAACCGAACAUGCUAACACCGUCGGUGGAAUUUUUGGGAAACAACAAAGGAGACAUGACCCAUUUUCCAAUACCUAUAACCCUGGAUGGAGAGAUCACCCACAUUUGAGGUAUGACAAUCAACCUCAAAACUUUCAAAGAGUUCCACACCAACAACCACCACCACCACCACCUCAAACCAAUCCCAAUAAUGGUAUGUCCCUAGAGGAUAUCGUGAAGACACUCGCCUUGAAGACCCAACAGUUCCAACAAGAAACUCGCUCGAGCAUACAAAAUUUGGAAUCCCAAAUGAGCCAACUGGUCUCCUCCGUCAGCCGCUUGGAGUCUCAAGGUAAGUUUUCCUCCCAAACUAUUAUUAAUCCUAACCAAAACGUUAGUGCUAUCACCUUGUGCAGAAAGCUACAACUCAAAAAUAGCACUAGGCAUGGGCAUGCACAGCAGGACAAAACAGAGGAUGCACUCGAAAUUCUUCCAAAACAAGCUGAAAAAUCCAACCUAGUCAGUGAGGAAAGUUCCAAGGUGUUCAUACCCAAACAUCCCUUCCCGGAGAGAUUGGCCAAGUCCAAAGAGGAGGAAGAGGAGAAGGAUAUCCUUGAAAUAUUACUCAAUGUUGAGGUAAAUAUUCCCCUACUCAAUGCAAUUAAACAAGUACCUCGUUAUGCAAAAUUUCUCAAGGAAUUGUGCACCAACAAAUCUAAAUUGAGAGAUAAUGAAAGGGUAAGUAUGGGAGAAAAUGUAUCUGCCAUUCUUCAAAGAAAACUACCUCCUAAAUGUAAUGAUCCAGGUACGUUUUCUAUCCCUUGCAAAAUUGGAAAGAUUGGAAUAGAAAAAGCAAUGUGUGACUUGGGUGCUUCUAUCAAUAUUAUGCCUCUUACUAUUUAUGAAUCAUUAAAUGUUGGCCCAUUGAAAGAAACGGGGGAUAUUCUUCAACUUGCCGAUCAUUCCAUAGUUUACCCCGAAGGAGUUCUUGAGGAUGUACUUGUGCAAGUGAAAAGGUAUGAGCAUCCACAAGGAACUCUUCCUCUCACCCAAGGUUUCACAAUUCUCAAGCUCUUGCAGUUAGCCCCGAUCACUAAGGGACGUUCUCUUUCUCCCUUUUCUAAUUUUAUUAUCCUAGAUAUGCAUGCUUACCACAUUGAGGACAAUGUGGAAUUAAGUGGGGGAAGGUGUUUUGAUUGCUUUGAUAGAAAAUGA